CUUUCCUGGAUCCCCCCCCCCACCUCCACCACCACCCCUCUGCUGACCGGCAGAAAAGGGUGGGGCCGCUUCCCCGCAGCAGAGACAGCAGCGGCGGCAGCGGCGGCGGCGGCUGCAGCAUCAUUGGGAGCAGCGGUGGCGGCAGCAAUGCUCGGUCUCCUCGAGACGUGAUAUCCUCUGAGCCCUGCUAGGUGGCCGGCUGCGACUGGACGCCGGCGGGAAGGAGAAGAUAGAGCUUUGUCCGCGGCCCCUGCGGCCACACUGCCCGGCCGUCCCUCUGCGCUAUGGCUUAAGCCUGCAACCACCUUGCCUCGCGUUGCCUUGCUUGGCAGGGGUCUGAGCGCCGCAGCAGCCGCAGGGAGGGGCGCGUCCCAGACGCCCUCGCCCGGGGACCCGGGACGCGGUGUCUCACGCUGCGGUGCCCACAGCAGACCGCGCUCUGGAGACCUCGGCGGCGGCUCCCGGAGGCGUUUACAGCCGGGCAUCGAGGGACUUUACGGACUUUCUCAGUGAUAGCUCUGCCCACCCAACCUUCCCGGGUGCUCUCUGAGGUAGGAGGGCGCGGUAGCUCAGGCCACCAAGGAAAACACGGUGAGAACCAGAUUGGCCGGACGAGGGCCAGGGGACGGAGGAAGAUUAGGGACUUGCUUUAGAAUCGAGCAAGAAGAGGGAGGACUAGCUCUGCGGCGAGCACCAUGGCGUGGCCGUGCAUCACGCGCGCCUGCUGCAUCGCCCGCUUCUGGAACCAGCUGGACAAGGCAGACAUCGCCGUGCCGCUGGUUUUCACCAAGUACUCGGAGGCCACCGAGCACCCGGGCGCCCAGCCGCCGCCCCAGCAGCCGGCGCAGCCUGCGCAGCCGGCGCCCGCGCCCCCCUCGGCGCGCGCGGUCGCCAUAGAAACGCAGCCGGCCCAAGGCGAAGGGGAUGCGGUUGCCCGGGCAACAGGGCCGGCGCCGGGGCCUAGCGGCGAACGCGAGGCUGGGGCCACCUCUGGCCGGAGCGGCCCGGGCCCGGGCUCGGGCUCUGGCUCCGGCUCCACCUCCAGCGCGGGCCCCGCGGACUCGGUGAUGCGGCAGGACUACCGCGCCUGGAAGGUGCAGCGGCCGGAGCCGAGCUGCCGGCCGCGCAGCGAGUACCAGCUUUCGGACGCGCCCUUUGAGCGCGAGACCCAGUACCAGAAGGACUUCCGCGCCUGGCCGCUGCCGCGACGCGGGGACCACCCGUGGAUUCCCAAGCCAGUGCAUAUCCCCACGUCCUCCCAGGCGGCGGCGCCUGUGCUCGGGGCGCCCCAGCGCCGGCCGCAGAGCCAGGAGCGCUGGCCGGUGCAGGCCGCCGCCGAGGCCCAGGAGCAGGAGGCGGCCCCUGGAGGAGCAGGUGGCCUUGCGGCUGGAAGGGCGACCAGUGAGGAAGACCGCGACACACGCAAGAAGCCUGGGCCCGCCUGGAUGUUGCGUCGCGCCGAGGGCCAGGGGCACGAGCAGACGCUGCUGCCCGCAGCCCAGGCCACGGCCCCCGAAGGGGGCAAGGGGCGUGCGGCGGCCGACGCCCUCAACAGGCAAAUCCGCGAGGAGGUGGCGAGCGCGGUGAGCAGCUCUUACAGGAAUGAAUUCAGAGCAUGGACUGACAUCAAGCCUGUGAAACCCAUAAAAGCCAAGCCCCAGUACAAGCCGCCAGAUGAUAAGAUGGCUCAUGAGACCAGCUACAGCUCCCAGUUCAAAGGGGAGGCCAAUAAGCCAACCCCAGCUGACAAUAAGUUCAUUGAUCGCAGAAGAAUACGCAGCCUCUACAGUGAGCCCUUCAAGGAACCGCCAAAGGUGGAGAAACCUAGUCUCCAGAGUUCCAAACCAAAAAAGACCUCCGCGAGCCAUAAGCCCCUGAGGAAGGCCAAAGACAAGCAGGUGGUGUUGGGCCGGGCCACCAAGAAAAAGAGCGCGGAGGGCGCCAGCGCUGCCCUGCCUGCUGACAAGGAGCAGAGCGCAGAGAUGAACAAUAAGCUGGCUGAGGCUAAAGAGAACCAGGUCGAACCCACCAGUGAUUCACGUAAGAGUCAAUGUCCUGUAACCACAGAGCCAGACAAAGAUCAAGGUCCCGUGGGCCCUGGGCCUCUGAAAGAUCAAGGUCCUGUGAUCCAAAAGCCUUCAAAGGGUGAAGACCCCACAGUCCCAGAGCCUCUGAAGGAUCAAGCUUCUGUGGUCCCAGGGUCUCUGAAGGAUCUAGAUCCCAUAGUCCCUGCAUCAGUUAAGGAUCAAGAUCACGUGGUCCCUGAGCCUUUAAAGAAUGAAGGUUCUGUGAUCUCAGCACCAGUCAAGGACCAAGAUUGCUUGGCCCCAGUGCCUCUAGAGAAUCAAAGUCCUAUGGUUCCAGCAAGAGUUAAAGAUCAAGGUCCCGUGGUACCAGAGCUUCUGAAGGAUCAAGGCCCCAUGGCCCCAGCACCUGUCAAGGAUCAAGGCCCCAUGGUCCCUGAACCUGUGGAUAAAGGCCCCAUGGUCCCAGCACUUGUCAAGGAUCAAGGUCCUAUGGUCCCAGAGCAACCGCAGGAUCAAAGUGCCAUGGUCAUAGCACCUGUGAAGAGUGAAAGUUCUGUGCUCUCUGAGUCUGUAAAGAAUCAAGGUUUAGUGGUCCCAGAGCCAGUCAAAGAUCAAGGUGGAGGGGCCCCAGAGCUUCUAAAGGAUCACGAUUCUGUAAUUGCAGCACCUGUAAAGAAUCAAGGUCCAGAACUAGUCAAGGAUCAAGGCCCCGUGGUCCCAGAGCCUCCUAAGAAUCAAGGUCCUGUGGUCCAUGAGCCUGUGAAGAAUCAAGUUCCUAUACCCCCAGUGCCUCUGAAAGAUCAAGGUCCUCUGGUGCCACCACCAGCAAAGGACCAAGGUCCUGUGGUCCCUGAGCCUCUGAAGAUUCAAGGUCUCAGGAGCCCUCAGCUGCCCACUGUAUCACCUCCACCCCCAGUCAUGAUCCCAACUGUCCCCUAUGCAGAAUAUGUUGAGAGUUCUCCUUGACACUCACCCCUUGACAUGCCAAAGAAGGAGCUGGCAAUGAAAGUGCUCCCUCUCGGGGCAGCGAAGACACUUAUUUAAUCUGCAUGAAACACGUAUUGUAUAGUCUUGCUGGAAUCUAAUAAAACUUGUCCCUCUGUC